UUUUUCAUUUUUCACCUUCUUGAUAUCUACCACUUGGCCACAUGGACCAUCUUAGACUUAUUCUCCUACUCUUCCUGUUCCUACCCACCUGCUUCUCUUUCACGUUUCAAACUCCUUCAAUCAAUGAGUUUACCAAUCAAAGCUCUUCUUCUUUGAAGCAGAAGAUUCUGGAGCUAGCUAACAGUCCUGGCACGGUGAAAUGGAUGAAGAGAAUAAGGAGGGAAAUCCAUGAACACCCAGAACUUGCAAAUGAGGAGUUCAGGACAAGUGCUCUCAUCAGGCGUGAGCUUGACCAGUUGGGUGUUGCUUACGACUGGCCUGUGGCUGGGACUGGUGUGGUUGCCAAAAUUGGUUCUGGGUCUCCUCCUUUUGUUGCUCUUAGAGCAGACAUGGAUGCUUUGCCAAUUCAGGAAAGGGUUGAUUGGGAGCAUAAGAGCAAAGUAGAUGGAAAAAUGCAUGCUUGUGCACACGAUGCACAUGUUGCCAUGCUACUUGGGGCAACAAAGAUACUGCAAGAAAUGAAGGACAUGUUACAGACUACUGUUGUUCUAAUAUUCCAACCAGCAGAGGAAAGAGGCACAGGAGCAAAAGAAAUGAUCCAAGAAAAGGUGCUUGAAGAUGUUGGGGCUAUUCUUGGCUUGCACUUGGGGUCAGAGUACGAAACGGGUGUUGUUGCAUCACGGCCAGGGGAGUUUUUAGCUGGAUGUGGAGGCUUCAAAGCAAAAAUCAGUGGAAAACGGGGUUUAGCAGGAGUUCCCCAGCAUUGCUAUGAUCCAGUUUUGGCUGCUUCAACAUCAGUUAUUAGCUUGCAAAACAUUGUUUCAAGGGAGGUUGAUCCUUUGGAUUCUCAGGUGCUUUCUGUGGCCAUGAUCAAUGCAGGGUAUGCUCACGACAUCAUCCCUGAUUCAGCUACAUUUGGAGGUACGUUUAGAGCAUUCAGCAAAAAGAGCUUCUAUGGACUGAGGAAAAGGAUAGAAGAGGUUGUGAAAGGGCAGGCAGAAGUACACAGGUGCCAUGCUGAGGUUGAGUUCUUAGGUAAUGAACAUCCCACAAUCCCUCCAACCACAAAUGAUGUAAGAAUAUACGAACUAGCACACCAAGUCUCUAGUAAGAUUGUUGGAGAAGAUAACAUAGAAUUAGCUCCCCUCUUCACUGGGAGUGAAGAUUUUGCAUUUUACUUGGAAAAAGUACCAGGUACAUUCCUCCUUCUGGGUACACGAAAUGAGAAGAGUGGAUCCACAUAUCCUGCUCACAGUCCUUACUUUUUCAUUGAUGAAGAUGUUCUUCCUAUUGGGGCUGCAAUACAUGCAGCGUUUGCUCUUUCAUACCAUUCUUAUUCAACAAACUCAUACUCCUUGUAAUUCAACACAUUCUUUGUCAUAAGUAGCAGUCGGGGAACAAUUUUUUUGUUUGCUUAAUGCAUAUUGAAUUUGCUCUACCCGGCUGCUAUUACAAAUACUCAACCACAACUAAAAUGCUAAGAUUUUUAGUGUUUUAUACUCCUUGACCACUUAAUAAAACUUUAAACUUUAUCAUUAGAUUAAAUACUUUAUACAUUGUAAUUUCACUAUCAUUUAAGUACAACUUUAUCAUGUAUAAUUAGAUUUUUACUUUACUGUUUUUGAAAACUCUUAAGAUUGUCGAAAGUUUCUUCAACGUUUGAAUGGUUUGAAACAUGAGAACAGUGACCCUUGUUUGCAUCAUUUAUAGAGUAUGAACUUUGGAAAGCCAUCAAACACGUCACCAAGAAGCAUAUUCCUCGGACUUUAGAUAGUGUAAUAAUAGGUAUUGGAUAAAGUUUUGUAUGGUACGAGAAAUGGGAGUGCAUACAAAUUUGUUCAAAUUCACCGAACCAACAUAGGACACUGGAGCUAAUUAAUGUCCUUUAGGUAAGAAACAAUAAAAGGGGUGCAGAGAAAGUUGCUCGGUGCAAGUAGUUUUGCGGUCCCGUUUACGGGUCUGACAUCAUGCUAGCCAUGCUUCGCUGUUCACUUUCAGUCGUAAUGAAGCAGAACAGCCACAGUCCAAACAACAAAACAAGCUACUAACACGGUGAAUUUGAGUUUUGAGUCAUAUCUACUCUCUGCUAACUGCUGUAUCCUUCUCAAUUUUAUGUUUUUAUGCUUCUAUUUUUUUUUAUAAUGUUAUCCUUCUCAAUACAAGAUGAAGUUAUGUUUUUA